AUACUCCCGAACGACAGCUAUCCUACUAUCAGUGGGUUCCAUUCUUCUUACUACUACAGGCCGUCUUCUUCCGAGCACCGAGCUUUCUUUGGAAAUGCUUCUCCAAUCAUUCUGGUCGUCGUUCAUAAAACAGUCACUUGCCUCAAUUACCAGUAUUCGUCAGGUUUUGUGUCAGCGGUUUACCUUUUUACAAAAGGUUUAUACCUGAUCAAUUCCGUAGUGCAGUUAUGGCUAAUGAACAAAUUUCUUGGCACCAACAAGUACCAAUGGUAUGGGCUGGGUGUCAUCCGAGACAUCAUCAGCGGUGUUGAAUGGGACAAAAGCGGAUUCUUUCCACGAUCUGCCAUUUGCGAUUUUGAGGUCCGACAAGUGGCGAACAUCCAGAAGUACUCUGUUCAGUGCGUCCUUGUCAUCAACAUUUUCAACGAGAAGAUCUUCUUCAUUUUGUGGUUCUGGUACCUGAUGCUGUUCGCAGCUGCGGCGUUCACCUUCAUCUCUUGGUUCGUACUCUUACUUGUCCCCUGUUUCUCCAGAUGGUUCAUCGAGCAGCACCUCGAGCUGAGCACCCUUGAGCAUCAAUCCGCUUCAGAAACGUCCUCAAACGUUCACAAAUUUGUCUAUGAAUACCUGCGCCGAGAUGGAGUGUUCGUGUUGCGAAUGGUCUCGUCACAUGCUGGCAUCAUUUUUGGAACAGAUCUAAUCCUCGAGCUGUGGAGCGCAUUCUAUGGAAUUGAGAAAAAGGCAAUCACUCCACUCACUCCGAACGGUGACGAUGCUCUCCAGACUGAGCUGAAGAGUGUGACAGCUGUACGAAAUCGAAAGAAGGAGAGUUUGAAGGCGAUUCUGGGAGACAUGGACAUUCAGACGGCUUUGAUGCCGAUUAACCCAGAAAAUGAGGACAAACGAAGCAAUUCUUCUGAUGAUCGAAGGCCGUGA